UGCUGGUUCUCCCUGUCCGUUCUUGUUUGCGAAAUAACUACACCAACACAUUGCGGCGCAUACCCUCUAGGCAUUGAUCAUACCGUAUCCACAGCUUCAUCAUGCCUGCGCCAGCAGUGCCAGAGAUAUCUGAGGAUGUCCUCCAUGAGUCCAUUGACGCCCGUACUGAGUCUUUAAUCGCCUUGCGCGAGCUUGGCCCACCCGACCUCGUCCACCUUCUCAAGCAGAACCUCAGAAAUGCCGUCAGACAGAACGGCGUCUACCACCAUGUCACAGGUGUUGACGCAUCAUCGUCGGCCAGCUUGGCCGCAUAUAUAAACACCCUCACCUACAACAAAGAACAUGGACAGGCAGCCACGCACAAGAUCGUCGAAGGCCUUUACUGUUGCUACAAUGCCUUCUCCCGACUGGAUAUGCGCGUUCAUGUCACCAUCCCCGGUACCGUGGAGAGUUACUGCGUUGACGAGCGAGGCGAGAAGCGCAAGGCUACCGACGAGUUGUGGUUGGAGACAUACCUCUGCAGUGUGCUGCGGGCGUACUCUUACGCGGAUGAUGGGAGCGGAGACACCAUCAGGAAGAUAAUGGGCGUUAGGCGCUUCAACCCUGUUACCAAUACUGAAACUGAACAUCGAUUUCUCAGUUCUGCCGAACACCUGUUCUUCAGAGGCUGGCAAUUGGGAUCUGACUCGGUUGUCCAGGUACCGAAUAAUGUUUCCAAUCACUUGACUACGGGCCUUCUUAAGUACUUCCACACUACGGGACGGUUCGCAUCCGCCAUCAACCUAUUUGAGAAGUUACGAUCGCAAAAUGUCGAGGUUUCUUCGCUUCUUGCCAAGGUUUUGUUCCUGGGAAAUGAGGAGGUUCAGGGCGUUAGGGUGCUCUACCAAGCCUUGAAGGAAACGCCCAUGGAUUAUGUCAUGCUCGAUACCCAGGCCGAGUUCCUCUUGAAAAAGGCCCAGGCAAGUUCGACCGCGCAACAAAAGGAGGAAAGACUGAAGAUGGCUUUGGGUUGCGCAGACCGCAGCACCAUUGCUGCUCCUAGCGAGUUCGGUACAUGGGCAAGACUUGCUCAGAUCUAUGUCACCAUGGAGGACUGGGAAAAUGCGCUGACUAUUUUGAACUCGUGCCCGAUGUUCACCUACCAAGACAAGGACGCACCGAUCAUGCCUGAGCCCAAGGACGUGUACCUCCCUACGCUACCGGAGACCCGCUUGGAUGAGAUCGACAGCGAACCUGAGUCGAGGUUUUCUGAGCAGGUAGACCCCAGUCUACUCAACCUUAGGGCGGCUGGGUAUCGGGGUACUUUCAAACAGGCAUACGCCAUUCUUACGGAGAUGACGGCCAAGAUUGGUUGGGACCAGCUGCUCAAGAUUCGAAGCAAUGUAUUCGUGAUGGAGGACGAAUACCGAACCGAAAAACAGGACAGUGCGACUCUGGCACCUCCGGCGAAGCGCAACCCUAGUAUAGAUGGGCUUCGUGGCACACCUGAACCCCCAACAAAUGGAGAUCAAUCAGACAUCGAAGAGGAUGGCGACGAAAACGCGUCAGAGAAAGACCACGCCGACUCGACAGCACCAACAUUGACAAAUGGCAACAACGGGGUAAGCGGGGUAGAGAAGCCGGAGCACGCCAUCGAUCCAGGCGAGGUUAAGGCCGAUGCCAUCAAGUCGGAUCCGGAAAACGUAAGAAGACAAAGUGGUCCUCUCUCGUCGCACCCCGUAGCUAAUGAGCCUACCCAGAGUUCAACAACAGACGAACACCUCUCGCGUCUGAACAACAAGCGCCUGUGCGAACGUUGGCUCGAUAGUCUCUUCAUGGUUCUCUACGAGGACCUGCGCGUCUACACGAUCUGGCGGACGCAGAUGGCCCAGUACCGAGCCCAAUCGAUGCAGUAUAAGAAAUCCGCGGAAGAGUGGGAGAUCCUCGGCUCGCUCGCUGAACGCCUCCAACACCUUGACGAGGCCGUCGAGGCCUAUCGUGCUUGUCUCGCCUUGCGCUUUUCACCAAAGGCCUUAUCUGGCGUCCUGCGUGUAUUCGAGAAGCAGAAGAACACCAGGGAGACGGUCGCCAGCGUUAUUCGUUUGGUCACAUGGCAAUACAGAUGGUACUCGGAGUUCUCUCCCGAGCUUCUGUACACCAUCCGUACCCUGAUUGAGGAUGAGGGUGCUGUCAAGGUCAGGAGCAUUAUCCAGGCGACGAGCUUGCCCCAGAACGUGCUGGACCUGACGCACCACUAUGCUGCACUGUGUCACACAUUCAGAAGCAGUGGCACAGAUGGCUAAGUAGUGCAAGCCUGGCAGGCUGGCAGGCAGACGUGGCGUCGGGAGUUGAGCAAGCGACAUACGAAAAAAGGGGUCGAGGCGGUGAUCCGUCAUGAUAUCCUGUACUUAUUACUUGCGGCAUGAAGCAUUUGGGGAUCAUAGAGACAAAUUCUUUUCUUAGCUGUACUCCCCUGCUUUGACUAAUGAUACCGCACCAGUGGUCACUUUGCUUGAAGCAUUCAUGAAGGGGAGUGACGGUCACCAUGCGCGACCAUCUAGCUAGGAAUAACUUCAUCCGCUACUCAGGCAAGGGAUGGUGCAAUAGAAAUUAUUAUGGUUUCCCAGUUUGAGAUCGCUGGCUGGACGCGCUGGAUUGACAGUG